UAGUCGUUCAUUCCAAAACUUUGAUUCGAAGAAAUUAUGAAAACAAUAGAGCAUGUGGCGGAUACAACGAAUCUGGAAUCUUUUCACUUAUGGUUUUCCUUGGCCGUGUUUUUGCUUUCUAUUGUACGUGUACGUACGGCAAAGAAAUUACUACGAAUUAAAACUACGAUCAAUAGGUGGUUUGUUUGACAUGGAUUUUUCUCUGGUAAAUAUGGAAGAAUUGGCGAGAAACCUAACAUUUGUUAAAAAAGGUGGUUGGUAUCAUCCCAGGAAUUGCACAUGUCAAGCAGAUAAAAAGGUGGCGAUUAUUAUUCCAUAUCGUGACAGAAGUCGGCAUCUUGGGAUAUUUUUGCGUUAUAUGCAUCCAUUCUUGAAGAAGCAAGAAUUUCACUAUAGAAUAUUUAUCAUAGAACAGGCGAAUGGAAAACUAUUCAAUCGUGCAAAAUUGUUUAAUGUUGGUUUCAUGGAAGCAAAAAAAGUUGAUAAUUUUAACUGUUUCAUAUUUCAUGAUGUUGACCUGCUGCCAUUGAGCAAUGGCAAUGAAUACUUUUGUCCGACAUCACCCAGACACAUGUCAGUUGCCGUGGAUACUAUGGACUUUGGGAUUCCAUACGAAGGUAUCUUUGGUGGUGUUUCCGCUGUGAAUGAUGAGCAUUUCUUUGCAGUCAAUGGCUAUCCAAACAGAUAUUGGGGUUGGGGAGGUGAAGAUGAUGAUAUGUUUAACAGAUUGCGUUCGUUAGGACAUAAAAUAACUAGUCCUUCAGCAAUAAAUGGUAUUUAUACCAUGAUGUUUCAUACUCAUUCAAUUUCAGAGGAGUUUCCCGAAAGGUAUGAUACUCUACGAAAGUGGGAAGAAUUUAAAAAUACAGAUGGUCUCAGUUCUUUGAAAUAUGAAGUACUUAAAAGGACAGAUGAACCGUUAUAUACUCUUAUCUCAUGUGACAUUUAAGAGUAAGGAAAAAUGAAACGGUUGGGGAAAUAUAUUUUAUUAAUUUAUUGGUAGAAACGAAUUUGUUUAUAUAACUACUUGAAUGGAAAGCGCGUUUUACAUUGAUCUUAGGGAUAAAUUCAUCGCAUUGAAGUACAUAUACCUUUAAUGUAAUUGUCACACCAUGACAAGUGUAAUCAAAUAAACUCUGUUAAUAAUAAUUAGUGACUGGCGUUUUAAAACCUGUAUGCGAGGUACACAGGUUAGAAACGUCAUUUGCUAGAAAAACUUCUUGUCAGUGGUUCAAUGGAGAUCUUUUCGUGAUAACAUAUUAAAGUUAUUUUCACAAAUCGUUUGGCAUACUUGGUUGAAUUGAUAACGAUUUGGGAAUGCACAAUCAAUCAUAGUCGCCAAAAUUCCACGCAAGCUUUCUUUCCAGGUGUCUUAUUCGACUCUGCAAAACGAAAAACUUUUAUUAUGAUUUAUUGCUUAGCAAAUGAAAAAUUCAUGUGCGUUAAUGAGAAUUUUAAUAUGAAAUAACUGUUUCCUAAGCAACUACUACGAGUACAUUUGGCCAAAAGCAACAUCUAUAUAUGUUUAUGUGAUGUUCGACCGCAGAGACUUUUGAUGCAUUUUAACAUUGUUUCUCAAAUAAGUUUGUGACUAAACUUUCAGUAAUGUAAAACUAAUUUUGUUGCCAAUUCAGCUAUGAGUCCAGCAUUUGCUUUCGGUGUUUUUGCAAUCUCACAUUUCUUGAGGAUUGUGGAUGCUACCUUGCCACCAAAUGGCAACGCAAGUGCUGAAUAUCACACAACACCAUUGGACAAUCAGUUAAACAAAAUAAUGAUUCCCGUGGCGUUUCUAUUGCUUUUUCUGGUUUCUGUGGUUUGUUGGAUACUUUAUCGAUUGAGGAAAAAGCAACAAGAUGAAGACGAACGACGGAGAUUUGCCACUUUUCACAAUUCAACUAAGCACAAUGCACAUACAGCAAGAUUAAGUGGAUUUUUAGUUAACACUUCAGAUGCAGUACUUUCCCCAAAAAUCUCACCUAAAAAUACAACAUUUGCUUUGUCUGAUGGCGUUGAAAAUCAUGGUAAUGUUCUUGAAAAUAACAAUAGCUUAAGAUGGCAAGCAAAAAUCCUUACUUUUCCUGAAAGGCUACCACGUAACAGAAAUGUCGUUGGUAAAUGUUGUGAUGACUCAACUGAUGACGAACACAAUGACGUUGAUAUUGAACAUGAGAAUGAUGACAUUAAUGACGUUGAACACGAUGACGUUAAUGACGUUGAUAUUGAACAUGAGAAUAAUCAGUAUAGUCAUGUUGAUCACACGAGUGAUAUUGAAAAAUGCCACAGUAUUGGUUUUCAAAGUAAUGAGAAUAUGGGAUUUCAUCAGGACAACGGCGAAAGAAUGGAAAGGACAUAAAGGUCUAUUGAGGACUCGGCCGUUAAUCUUUCUUCCUUAGCAACAUCUUCAGCUGAGUACGGCUGUGUUUGCAAAAUAUGUUGAUACUUAAUAGAAAAGGUUAAAACUAUUACAAUAUUCGACAUAAUUAUUUGAAAUAUUAUGCAAGAAUGUACAUAACAUCUUCACAUGUAAUACAAUAUACAUAAAGACUAAAGUCUUGGUUUGAUUUUGUGUGAUAAUUAAAGAUAUGGGAUAGUCCAUAAUGUUAUGUGUGUUGUAUUACAUGUGAAGAUUUUGUAUGUGCUGCGAAGUUAUGUUCGUGUGUUCAGUCAGCUGUGAAGAUGUAGAGGACGCCCUAUCUAUGGAGUUAUCUGUGCUCAUAUCAUGAUGUACAGGAAUUUAAAUAAUUCGGCGCCAAGCUGUCGCCAGAGGCUGUCAUACAGUAUGACUUAUACUUAUCCAGUUUGUUUAGGAUUUGUAUGAAUGUAUUAUGUAUGUAUUCGUAUGAUGUGUGUGAGGUUUUGUAUGGGCUUGAUUUUUGAAACUCAAAUUGAAUUUUAACGUUCUUACGUAACGUCUGUUGUAACGUUUUGCCCGUGCUGUGUAUUAUGUCCUUUUCAAAUCAACAAUUUAAAGAAUUCAACAAAUGGAGCCAACCCAUUUCGCUGGUUCAAAUUACAAGUAAUUGAAACCAUUGAAACUGCACACAAAACUGGAAUUCUCCUGUUGGAAACUCGAAUUUUUUUUACUGUAAGCGAUUUUGAAAAAUAAAGGGCCAUUGACCAUUGUGGUCAAUCCAGUUUAAUACUACAUUACUGAAAAGGACAUGUGUUCAUCAUGUGUUGUUGUGCAGCAAAACGACAAAGACGAUGAAUAAUUCAUUGCAUUUUGCAGCAUUCUUGAUUUCCUGUGCCAUCGAAACAUGGCACAGGCGUGUGAAAGUUCCUUAAUGAUAUCAUUUCUUCAUGAAGAACGUUCCCUGUAAUACUAGACUGCCUAACCAAAUACAGUCAUAGUUGUAUUGUCAUCAAAAUAGUUUUUCAAUUUUCUCAAUCUUACUUAGUUGUAUACUUAUUAAUAUUGUUAGACAUUUUAGGGUCCGCGCGCAGGGUACUGUGGAGAGGCUAAAUUAUUUAAUUGUCUUGAGGAGGUAUUUGUUUUCUAGACCAAUGGGAUUUUACGUAAGUCAUGUGACAGGGCGGGGAUUAACAUGAAAUUGCUAAACGUAACUGACUUUCUCAUUUAUCGUUCACAUUGCGCUUGUUAGCAUUUAUAUCAGCUGUUGUAUUUCUGUGUGUUAUAUUAUCGACCUUCGAGAUGAAUACCUCACUAGUUGCUCUGUGUCUUAUAUGCUUGGUUUUCCUUGCUUAUACACCAGUUAAACCCGUAUCAGCUUCAAACAAUAUAACAACACCCACAAGCAAUGUAACACAACCUCCCUCUUCAGUGGCUUCACAAAAUAUCACCACCCCAGCGGCCACCCCAAAACCUACAUCUGGUGCAAGUAACUGCAUCUCUCUUUUUGGAUUAGUAACAGCAUUUGCUCUUUGUGCCACAAAAGGCUUUUAAACUCACCAAAAGAUAUCAUUUCAUAUAUGUUUACUUAAGCAAAAGUAAUCCUUUUUGUUAUUCUUGGUGCAAAAUUUAUGAACAUAUUACCUAUGCUAUUUCUUAGAAAAGAUAUGUGUUAAUGUAUGAAGACAUAAUAAAGAAGAAAUAAAACUUAAGUUUGGUGAUAA